AGACAGACAGACAGACAGACACAGAGAUUUGUGUCAGAAUGAAAGUGCCAGCGAUAAAAUGAUUGAAUACGAAUAUAAAGCAAAAAGGAUCAUACCCGAUAUGAUUGCGAAAUAAACGAGUGAAGAUAAUACCCGGGACUUUUUUCCUGUUACUCACGUAGACAUAUAUAUAUAUAUAUUUUUUUUUUUUAUUAUUUUUUUUUUUUCACGUAGACAUAUUCAUAAUAACCGGGGUAUCGUUAUUCAAUAAACAGUUUGUGGCCUGAACACGAUCAUGUGUGGUUCUCCGCGCGAACAUGGUUUUAUUCUUGUGACGAUAUUUUUAUGUCAGCUGAUAGCAUACACGCCUGCGGACAUCGCAUAUGUCCAUGUCUCCAAACAGAGUAUCACAGAAAGCAGAGGCUGUCGUCUUCCAAGAAGAGUCGGUGUGUCCGUACGUCUGGACAACGAAACUGUGUCUCUCGAACUGACCCGAAACGAUGACGUCGAUUCCAAUGCUCCACUGUUUGUGUUCAGAGAGGUCGGGACGGAGAAGAGGAAAACGGUUGUCAAGGAACUGCUGAUUGAUAACCAGCGUGAAGCUCAGUUUCAAGACGAGUCGCGUGACGCGGCGAUGACCGUGUCUUGUUUCGGUGAAGACAACAACAGACACCUUCAGUUGAGAGGGAUUCUAUCUUUACACGGCAAGGAGUUUAAACUAGAACCCAAAUCACGUGACCGUAGAGGGACACCACGUGACCAAGAAGAAUAUAUUCUAGAAGAAGAGCCAGUUGUUCCUAUUGAGGAUGAUUACAUAGAAGCCCGUCCAUUGGAGGAAAUUAUUUCAAAUACUGUUACGGAGUCUGACUAUGAAGACAUAUUUCUACUAAAUCCUUCCACACAUGUACGACAGACACGAGAGACAACAGAGUACUAUAUCGAUGUCCUAACUGUGGUUGACUACUCAAUUUACCAAAGACACUAUAAUAACACAGAUUCGACAUUAACUGUGGAAACAAGACGAGUUAGUGCUUUACAAGACAUUCGGAAAUAUUUCGCCUACAUCAUGAACGGGGUAAAUCUUAGCUAUAAGAGAAUAACUGAUCUAGAUGCACGGCUGGUCAUUAGGCUGACGGGUUACAUUGUAGCAGAGACACGAGCUCAAUCUCCAUGGACCGAAAACGAUGUUGAUAUGACGUCAUCAGGCGGUGAGGUCAAUAGUCUUACAACGGUGGAGAACUUGAAAGCAUGGGUUGCUAACACGUCACUACCAGAUAAUGAUCACGUAAUGCUGUUUACAAGGUAUGAUUUGUACAGGAUUGUAAACGGAACCAAUGGAACCACCAGAGCAAGAACUAGACUCGGAAUUGCUUACAUGUCUACAAUCUGCAAAUCAGAAGGGCAAAGUACAUCUGUAAUCGAAGAUGGAGGAUUUCAGCGGAUACACACUGCGGCUCAUGAACUUGGACACUGUUUGGGAUCUAAACACGAUGGUGAUACCAACACAUGCACAGGAGAAGACCAAUACAUCAUGGCUGCUACUAGCAGAACUAGAACAGAUCCUGACAUGACCAACCCCUGGCUGUUCUCGUCCUGCUCAGUUUCGUACUUCAAGAAUCUGUUGACAUCACUAAUGAAAACAAGCUAUGGAAAAAAGUGCUUGACACAGAAGGUAUCGACAGUCAAUGUUCCUCUAGUCUAUGACCUGCCAGGACAGAUUUACAGCCCUGAUGACCAGUGUAAGAUUUUACGCGGUCCAGAAUCAAAAGUCUGUCAGGAUCUUACGUUAAAGAACGGUGCCAGUGAAAUAUGUUAUGCCAUGUACUGCUAUUCAAGCCAAACCUCUAAAUGUUAUCAGUAUAACGCGGCUCGGGGCACGACGUGCGGUGACAAAAAGUGGUGUAUUGAUGGUCUGUGUGUGUAUUCUCCAGAUGCACCCAGUAUUGAUGAAUCCUGUCCGUUUGGUGACGAGUCAGGUGUAGUGUUUGGAAAUACUUGUGAAAAUUAUGUGACCAACACACCGAGGAAAUGCUACCGAGAAGUCGUUAGGAGGCGAUGCUGUACAUCAUGUGGUCGUUAUUAUACAGGAGUGCCAGAUUGCUUAUAUGGAGACAGAUACACGGGUUGCAAGGAACAAUACUGCGAUAGUGAUUAUGACAAUAAAACGCGAUAUUCUGGUUGCUGUGGGACGUGUGCAUUGACAACACCAACGACUACUACUACUGCUGCAACUACACAAGACACGUGUUCUGAUCACGUGACAGUUACGUUCAAUGGGAGAUCGUGUUCAGAAGUUGUUCGAGAGUCAGCGUCCAACUGCUACUUGGACUCUGUCGUAACGUAUUGCUGUGGUUCAUGUGCACAAGUCUCCACUGGAACACCCGAUUGCCAAUAUGGUGACAGAGAUCCGAAUGUCUGCGACGGUGUGACUCCAGAUCGACUUGUUUGUCAGACGAUGGAUCGAAUAUGCUGCCGUUCUUGUAGAUUUAAUUCUGGGACUUCCAGUCUACAUGCUAAUCAUAUUAUGUUAUUUUCACUGUUAGUAGUUUUUGUAGUUCAUAAAACUUCUGACUGAAAAUAAGCAUGCAUCAAUCCUUUUUUGUGUAGCAGUAUACAAUUUUCUCCCCUGUCGCUCGCGAAAAGAGUUGGCUCUUUUUUGCUAAGAUUCCUGUUUGUAGGCUUGUUAUUAGCAAUAUGAAAUAAUUCCGUAAGCUUAGUGAUAGCAAAUUUCAUCAUUUACUAUUGACGUGACUUUUUGUCCUCACCAGAAGUGCAGUCUGUUUGAUUAUAAUGAGUGGAGGUUCGAUAUGCAUGCACCGGGUAGAAUGGGAAACAAGUACAAUAAUUCGUGUAACCCAAAGAGAUCUGUGACCUGUAAUAAAUCUAAAUUAUUUGGUUUUUGUUUUAGUUAGUUUUAGGUUUUUAUAAUUUAAUGUGUUCAUUGUGUAGAAUAAAGCUGCAUGUAAAUGCUUA